UAUCUCGCUCACAUUGAACUGUCAUCAUUUUUCAACUUAAUUACAGCUCAAAACCCCCUACAUGGCAGCUCAACACCACACCUCAAAUCCCUAAUCUAUACACACAAAAUCAACCUAUACACACAAUUCAUCUUCAAAACUCAAUUCCAUGGCGUCGAGAAACACCACCAGGAAAGAAUCGCAGGGCCUGCUGCUCAACCGGUUCGAGAUCGGCAAGCUUCUCGGCCACGGAACUUUCGCGAAGGUCUACGUGGCGCGGAACGUCCAGACGAACGAGAAUGUCGCGAUUAAAGUGAUCGACAAGGAGCAGAUUCUCAAAGGCGGCCUGAUUCAUCAUAUCAAGCGCGAGAUCUCGAUUUUACGGAGAGUGAGGCAUCCGAAUAUCGUGCAGCUCUUCGAAGUGAUGGCGACGAAAUCGAAGAUUUUUUUCGUGAUGGAGUAUGUGAAAGGCGGCGAGCUUUUUAGUAAAGUUGCGAAGGGGAGAUUGAAGGAGGAGAUUGCGAGGAAGUAUUUUCAGCAAUUGAUCUCGGCCGUUGGAUUUUGUCAUGCUCGAGGCGUGUUUCAUCGGGAUUUGAAGCCGGAGAAUAUUCUGCUGGAUGAGGAUGGGGAUUUGAAGGUGUCGGAUUUUGGAUUGAGUGCGAUUUCGGAGCAGAUUAGGGGGGAUGGAUUGUUUCAUACGUUCUGCGGGACGCCGGCGUACGUGGCGCCGGAGGUGCUGGGGAGGAAGGGCUACGAUGCGGCGAAGGUAGACUUGUGGUCUUGUGGAAUUAUUUUGUUUGUUUUGAUGGCUGGUUAUUUACCGUUUCAUGAUCAGAAUAUAAUGGUGAUGUAUAAGAAGAUUUAUAAGGGGGAAUUUAGGUGUCCGAGGUGGUUUUCGCCUGAAUUGACUAGGUUGUUGAGUAGGUUGCUUGAUACGAAUCCGCAUACGAGGAUUACUAUACCGGAGAUUAUGAGUAAUAGGUGGUUUAAGAAGGGGUUUAAGCAUAUUAAGUUUUAUGUGGAGGAUGAUAAGGUUUGUAGUGUGAAGGAUGAUGAGGAGGAUGAUAUUGAUUAUUCGUCGGAUACGUCGGUGUCUGAGUCGGAGAGUGAGAUGGAGAUUAGGAGGAGGCAGUCGAAUUUGCCUAGACCGGCGAGUUUGAAUGCGUUUGAUAUUAUUUCGAUGUCGUCGGGGUUUGAUUUGUCGGGGUUGUUUGAGGAGAGAGGGGAGCAUUCGAGGUUUGUGUCGCGGGCACCGGUGUCGAGUGUUAUAUCUAAGUUGGAGGAGAUUGCAAAGGUUGUUAAAUUUAAUGUGAGGAAGAAGGAUUGUAGUGUGAGUUUGGAGGGGUCGAGGGAAGGUGUCAAGGGGCCGUUGACAAUAGCUGUGGAGAUAUUUGAAUUGACACCAUCAUUGAGGGUUGUGGAGGUGAAGAAGAAAGCCGGGGAUCGAGGAGAGUAUGAUGAAUUUGUUAACCGCGAACUGAGGCCUGGACUGCGCAACCUUAUGUUAAUGGAGUCUGCUGAAUCAUCAAAUUUGCCUUCAGAUACUGAAUAGUGGGGAUAGAGAAUGACUUCUGGACUGGAGCGUGCAUCUGCUCAAGCAUCUUCAUUUGAUUGUUGUUAACAAACUGCUUGUACCUGAACAGUAUCACUAGAAGAGGGAUUCAGAUAUACUACACAUACCAGUGGAGCAAAAGAUCGUAUGUUAUGAAGAAAUUCGUUUCUUCUGUUUAUGUAGUGUAGAUAGUUGGCUGAGAUGUUUAAGCUGACUUGGAAUCAUAGAAGAGAGUCUUAAUUGUGAUCAAAUUUGUGGAAAGUUUAAUUUGAUGACGUGUUAAUUACUAAUUUGUGGAAA